AUAUGUAUACAUAUGUAUGUAUAUACAUAGAAAGAAGUUUAAGCAUAAGUUCGUAGGUGUGCGCAUGUGUGCGCGCAUGCAUGUGUAAGUACGUGUCGCUGUUUCUGAAUGUGAGUGUGUGUGUGUGUGUGUCAACAUCUUUGUUUAUAAACGUGCGAUAACAAAGUUACAUCGUUUAAUACUUCAUUUAUGAGAGCAACAAGAAGUCUAUAAACAAAAUUAAAACAGACCAAUGCAAUAUAAUUAAUAAUAAUAAGUAUUAUCAUUACUAUUAUUAUUAUUAUUAUUAUUAUUAUUACUAUUAACGUUCUUAAAGAGGAAAUACGUGUACUUUGACGACAACAGGAGUGACUCUUGAACCAAGUUGAUAAAAGAAUUUUUAUUACAAAGUUAAGGAUCUUGAUAUACUAAGGACACCGACAGAAAAGGAAUCGCUUUGUCUAUAGAAUUGGAAGCACUGUCCCAACUAUUCUUCAUGAAUAUCAAACUUGAAAUCCGUCUUCCACAACCUACAUAAAUGGUAGAACGUGUUAAAGAGCAUUAACACUUUCCGUUGCCAUAAAUAUAUAUUCCUCUGAAGCAUCCGCUGUCAUCUGACAACAUUUCCAGUAAUUCCAGACUGAUUCUCCACUCAUUCUUAUCGGAACAACAAAAUCCAUAUGAUUUUAUUAGCAUUGAAAAAAGAUUAUUGCUGCUAAAAGAAAAAAAAAUACAAAAAUUGAGCUUUAAAUGGAAAAGAAUUGAACAAAAAAUCUUAAAAAAUUAUUAUCAUCAUCGUUAUAAUUAAUAAUAAUAUUGUUAUCACUCUUAUUAUCUUUUGUAUAAAAAUACAUCCAGUUUUUUUUUUUAUAUAAAAUACAAUCAGAUCAAAACAAAUAUUCUGUCUACAAUGGCUGUUGCCAUGAAAGACAUCAUACCAACGUUGAGCACCGUUUACAGUAUAUCAACGAGAGCUCUACAAAGGAACAUAACUCCAUUCAACGAUGUCACUAGUAUAGCAGGUAUGUCAUAUUCUCUAUCCGAGACAAUAACCGAGAAUAUCAACGGAAGCACUGAUUAUACAAGUUACCUGGAAAAUAUACCUUAUCCCAGAGAACUCAAGAAAUUUCCACUAUGGGAAAUUAUAGUGAAAACAUUAUUCUAUGUUAUUGUUAUAGUUCUCGCGACUGCCGGAAACUGUCUUGUAAUCGCAGUGGUUUACACAAACACUAGAAUGCAGACGACCACCAAUUUUUACAUAGUGAAUUUAGCAGCAUCGGAUCUUCUUGUCACCUUAUCCUGUUCAUGGGUACAUCUGGUUUCCAGUUUAAACGAAGACUGGGUUCUGGGUGCUUUCUUUUGCAAAUUCAACAGUUUUGCACAAGUGACAUCUACCGUAUCCAGCAUUCUUACGCUGACAGUCAUCGCCUGCGACCGCUUCUUCGGCAUUGUUUUCGCUCUAAAAGCACACAUCGCAGAACGGCGUGCUUGGUAUGCCAUUGUCUUGCUCUGGAUUAUCGCCAUUGUGGUGGCAGCACCACUGCUCUACGUUAGACGCCUCUUCAUGACGAAAUGGGCCAAUCAUACGGAACGAUUCUGUACAGACGAUUGGACUCUCGUUACAAACAGUAUGAACGCGAUGAAGGCAAGACGCAUCUACUACACCUUUGUUUCAAUUGUGCUUUUCUUUGUUCCUGUACUAGUUAUGUCCCUUGCCUACGCUAUGAUUAUUUGGAAGUUGUGGUCGGCGCAGAUUCCAGGUGAGAGGUUGGAAACGGAAAACAGGAACCAACUAAGAGUGAAACGCAAGAUUGUUCUUAUGUUGAUGAUGAUUCUAGCGGCUUUUGUUAUUUGCUGGCUGCCUUAUCAAAUCUCCAUUCUAUAUUCAGAGUACAGAUCUGCAGGAGUAGCUACACCGGUGUGAGGAACUUGUUUCACUGUCGACGAAAACGGAGUUUAUAUAUGGGAAUGGAAUCUUCCCGAACUGAAUCAUUUCACAGUUCCACAAUGGUUACCAAAGUGUAACCUCUGCAACAGAUAAUCAAUCAAAUUAUUGACAGAAUUUACCAGACGACAUUGAAAUUGGUGCAAGUCCUUGAUGUAAGAAACAGAUAAGCAACAGAUAAACAACAGAACAACAUAUAAACAACAAAUGAAUAACAGAAAAACAACAGAUGAACGAUAUAUAAACAACAGAUGAAUAAUAGAUGGACAACAGAUGAACGACAGAUGAAAAAAACUUAUGCUUUAGUGCACACCAAACAUACCAAAUGAAACAUAUCGUCCCUAGCAUGGCAUAGAAAAUAAUCCAUUUUCUACACGAACAGCAGAAAAAAAUCAUCAAAAAUCUUUCAUUUAAUCUUUUGCUUGUCGAAAACAUUUUCAUAAGUUUGUCUUUGUUUGUUUUCAGGCUUUUAGUUAGUUAUAUUGUUUCAUACGUUCUGAGUAAUAUAAAGCUUCUUUUUUUUUCGUUUUUUUUUUUCGUAGGUACUAAGUUACUCUUGUAGUUGAAAAAAAUAGGAACGUGCAUCAUAUAUGAUGCAUUGACAACAGGGAAAUAUGUUCUGUGUACCACGUGAUACGCAGGACUGGCAAAUGGUUAAUGUGUUUAAUUAUUUAUUUAUUUCAUUAAAACUUAACUCUGGUAACUACUGAAAGAAAACUGUGCAAACCAGAUUGACUUUAAAAAAAAAAUCAUAUGAUAAUUAUAGCGCAGAUUAACUCUGUUUCCGAAACCAACAGUAAUUGUAUGUAUAUGAUGAACAACAAAGGAUAUGAGUCAAUGGUGGAACCUUUACAUAGACGCUUAAAUGGCUAGAAAUAAGAACCAAAUCUUACUUAAAUUACACCUCACUAUUCUACACAAGGGAAGGUACACUGGAAUAUAUAGUCAUAAAAAUACUGUCUCUAAGCAAAGAUUAAAGAUGGAAUGGCCAUAGUGGAAAAGCAUUUAAUUGAAGCAAGAUAACAGCAACAUCGUCAUUAUCAACAACAACAACAACACCAAUAACAAUAAGAUAUAAGAUUCAACAGUAACAUAAAAAUUUCCCCUAAUCCGCUUAAGCUUUGUAUAUAAAUUAAUCACAUGCUAAACAACUGGACUUCUCCGUGAAUUUUUCUCCUCUUUUCAAAAGCUUCCUAAAUUCGCAUGAAGCACGCAAAUAUCUUACAGGCAAUUCAGUCAUAUUAAAAUACUUAGCAAUGUAACACAGUCAAUAAUGGAUUUAUCUCUCUCACCCUGUGUCUAUCAGUCUUUUUCACUCCCUCUCUCUAUCUCCAUCUCUCUCUCUCUCUCUCUAUCUAUCUAUCUA